AUGCAGGACAAUAUGAGACAGCACACUCAUGAAAAUAAUAUUGAACAUGCCGAUCCUGAUGAUGAUGUACUAUUUGUAAAUUACCUACAAAGCAAGGAGUCCCCUGAGGGGGGGACCGCCUACUGUACAGGAGGAUACUAUCCAGUGAAAAUAGGAGACCUCUUCAAUGGCAGAUACCAUGUUGUCCGAAAGUUGGGCUGGGGUCACUUCUCUACCGUCUGGCUUUGCUGGGACCUUCAGAGGAAGCGUUUUGGAGCACUUAAAGUUGUGAAAAGUGCAGUGCAUUACACAGAAACUGCUGUAGAUGAAAUUAAAUUGCUGAAAUGUGUGAGGGAUAGUGAUCCAAAUGACCCUAAAAGGGAGAUGAUCGUGCAACUCAUUGAUGACUUCAAGAUAUCCGGUGUAAAUGGAGUUCAUGUCUGCAUGGUAUUGGAAGUUCUUGGACACCAGUUGCUUAAGUGGAUCAUUAAAUCCAAUUAUGAAGGUCUUCCAUUGCCAUGUGUCAAGACUAUACUGCGACAGGUAUUGCAGGGUUUGGAUUACCUACACACGAAAUGUAAAAUCAUCCAUACAGAUAUUAAGCCAGAGAAUAUAUUGAUGUGUGUAGGGGAGGGGUACAUCCGAAGAUUGGCUGCAGAGGCUACUAUGUGGCAGCAGUCUGGGGAACCUCCGCCCUCUGGAUCCACCGUCAGCUCUGCACCUCCUUCCCUCCAGAACUUGGAUAAAUAUCAGCUGUAA